AAUUAUAGAACUUACGUAAAUUGCUGCUGCUUUUUCGAGAUAUAAACACUGACGAAAAUCAUGUCCUCGUUCACAACUAAAAAACAAGAUUUGCCACCGUCAGGUGGAUAUAAAGCUAUAAAAUUUGGUCGUAUUCCUGCGAAAAAUUAUUUUAAUGGUACUCAAAUUAUUGGAAGCUAUGUUGGCGUGACAGUAGCUGGGCUUUUCAUUUAUUAUUUAACGGCGAAGAAAAUAAAACGAGAAGAAAUAGAAAUGAGAAGCGCGGAAAAUUGUAUUUAUCCCUUAUUGGUGGCUGAACGGGACCGAGAGUUCUUAAAACAACUUCGUAAGAACCGUGACGAAGAAAGUCGUCUUAUGGCAAACAUUAAAGAUUGGGAGGUGGGUACAUGGUACGGAGAACCAAUUUUCAAAACCUUGCCCGAAGAUGAGCUAAUUAGUCCAUCUUUUAAAGAAUUUUAUGCUCAUGCCGAAUACAAAUCGUAUGCAAAGCGUGCUAACCUCAAACUAUGGUCAUAAAAAUAAAUGUCAAUCCUGUUAUUUAAUAAAUUUUAUUGAACUGAAAGUAAAUCUUUUA